AUGGUUGGCUCCUUUAUCGGUCAAUCUCUGCCGUAUUUCAUUGGCCACUGGCUGUUCCACGCGCGUGUGCAAGCGUGGUUGGCUGAGCACCCACGAAACGCUGCUGUACUGCGAUUGGCUGAGGCCGGCGGCUGGUGGCAUCAGUACCGGGUCACGUUGCUGCUACGCUUCUCCCCGUUUCCGUUCCUCCUCUUCAAUUACGCUGUAACGGCCACUCGCAUCCAGUACGCGCCCUACAUCAGCGCAUCGAUGACUGCCAUGAUUCCCGAAGCCUUCUUCACCAUCUACUGUGGUCGGCUGAUCAGUGAUCUGGCGGAGGCCCAGAAGAGGCACAUCACAGCGGUGGAGCUGGUGUACGAGCUGAUGGGAUUGGCAGCAGCAGGGGUGGUGCUGCUGCUGCUCAUGGUGCAUGGCAAGAGGGCUCUGCAGCAGUUAGAGGAGGAAGAGAGAGCCAAGCAAAAGGGGCUUGAGAUGGAACAGGUGGUUUGUAUAGGUGCCCAUGGGGCGGGUGUGGUGGAAAAUGGUGCUGCUGUUGCGUUUGAUGGGGUGGAAGUGCCUGCUGCUGAGGUGGCACUUAUUGCUGAUGACUCUCAGAGUGCAUCUGGGAGGGAUGGGCAGGAGGGUUGGCUUGAGAUAGAUACCGGGCUGCAGAUAACAUCGUCCGACCAUGGCGGCAAUGAUGCAGCGAUCGCUCUCAGCUGCCACCUCGAUGGGUUUGAUGACUUCACGUUGGCUUCACCAUGGGAGAGGUUCAUCGCUGCAGUGGAAGGCAGUCUGCGCCAGUGGCUGUCGGAAGGCUCUGCGGCCCUCGUGCAGUCAGGAGCUGCGCGGCCAGUGGAGGGAAUGCCGCUGAUGGUGUAUGUGGAGGCGGAGCACGCGCAGGGCCACAAGAACUACCGCCUCACCUACUACUUCCAGGUGUCACUGGCGAGCAGCAACAGCGUGCAUCCGACGGUGGCGGCGGAGACAGCAGCAGCACUGAAGCGUAUUGCGUCCAUCUCCGCCACGGGCCGCCCCAGCCCCUGGGAGAAGGCCGUGCACCCGCUGCAGCUCUGGUUCGGCAUCCAAGAGUUUGUGGUGUUGGCACCCGUGACAGCAUCUGGGGUUGUUCUGGACUCGCCUGAAGCCUCCAUGCUCCUUAGCACGCUCGCCAUCGCCUCGUGUAACACCGAGUGCUCCCUGCCAUCCUUCGUCCCGGUACACGACCCCUCCCGCAAGGCCUUCAUUGGCUUCCAGCACGGUCCCCGAGCCACCCGCACUGGUGCGGGCUCAGGCUCGGGCCGAGGCAUGCGGUCAGGUCCGGGCGCGGGAGGAGGCACGGUGGGAGGGGUGGGCGCGGGGGGCGUGGGCGACUACCUGUUUCACUACGAGGCGGACCGCAUCACCAGCAACGUGCCUCAGAACCUGCUGUCUCUCGACGGCCUUUACUACCUCUUUGCGUUCAAGCUGAUAGCAGAGCUCCCCAGCACCGUAGCAUCAGUGUCCCCUGACGUCACCGUGGCCAUGCGCAUCCGCUACCGCCUCCGCUACUGGGGCUCCCCAGACGCGCCCCCGCCCUCCAAGACCCGCCCAGCAGAAGCAGGCGCAGGCGCGGGGAGCGAGGAGGGCGCAGGCGCAGGGGUGGAGGAGGAGGACGAGUUCUGGGGGCAGGAGAGGGCGUGGGACGAGGGCAUGGCGUGGAGUGUGUGGCACUCGGUGGACGAUCCGGUGAAGGGGUUUGAGCUGGUGGCCACGUGGAAGGAGCUCAGGGCGAGUAGUUCGUCAGGCAUGGCCCAGAUGGAGCAGCUCGAUGCCACUACCGCGGAUGAGUGGCUGCUGCGCGCACUGCUCGCCCCCACCAGGACUGACUUUGACAGUGACGACCCCCCUCAGGGCUUUGCUGGACGGCUGCAUGCACUGCUGGGGGCGUACGUGGUGUCCACCACAGGCCAGUACAUGGAAGACUUUAUAGCGGCUCAGAACUUUGCGCGGCGCAACAACAUGACCAUCCCGCCGCCCAGUGUCAUGGAGCGAGUGGUCAAGGACCUCUUCCACUCCAAGGAGGCGCUGGCGUCAGUGGCGAAGUACAUGGGGAAGGCGUCAGAACAGCAGGAGGCGAGCCUGCUGCCUGACGCUGACCGUGGCACCAUCACCACCGCCAGCAGCGUCAUCAGCAGCAUCAGCGCCACCGACACCAGCGCCACUGGCAGUGGGGUGAAGGGUCCCGGGGGAGAGGGAGCAGCGGGGGCAGGAGCGGAGGGAGGCGGAGCAGAAGGUGCAGGGGGAGAAGGGGUGGAGGAGAAUGGGCUGAGUGGCAAGUUCAAGGGGGUGACGCACAUUGGCAAGGCUGCGCCGGUGGAUUCGCUCUUUUCCCGCCUCGCUCUGCAUGUGCUGCGCUUUGGCACCUGCAACAUCAGAUCUGUGGCGGCGCUGUGGCUGGAGUUCACGCGUGAGCUGAGGUGGAACUGGGAGCAGGCGCUGCCCAUCCCUCGAGUCAUUGCAGACGGGCCUCCCAACACCGCCACCUGCCUCAUCCACCAGAAGCUGCAGCUGCUGCAGGAGUGCAUUAAGCGGCGGCGCAAGCAGCAGGAGCGGGAAAUGGAGGAGCGCAUGCGUCACGCCGAGCGCAUGCACCAAAUCGCCGCCGCCAAGCUUGUAGGCGAGCGCGUGGAGGAGCUUGUAAGGGGUACAGCACUCGACGACGGCCCGGCUCGCUCUGACUCGCCGCCAGGGAGGGGCGGCAGGAGGCGAGGCAGCAGGAGGGAGAGGGGAGGGAGGGGGAGUGACAGGAGGGGUGGGAGGGAUGAGGAGGAGUGGGAGGGGAUGGAUAGGUCUGGGAGUGAAGGAGGCGGCUGGCAUGAUGGAAGGGCGGGCCGGGGGCGGGGAGGACGCGGGUGGGACGAUGGCGACGGGGCGAGCCCGUACCACGACGACAAGACGGCCUCGGGGGACUCGGACACGCACGGGUCGCACGACGUGGUGUUCUAUGAUGAGGGGGGUGUGGCUGAUGGCGACUCGCCUUCCCACCGCAGCGAAGAGGACCUUGAUGACGAGAGCGACGUAUCGGACGACGACACCUGGGCGGAGAGGGGCCGCACGAGCCACGGCCUCACGGGGGCGAUGGCGAGGGGGCGGCGCCGCGUGCGGAGGCGGGGGGUGGUGGGGCCGGUGAAGGGAGACAUGUGGCUGCUGCGCGUGAGGCGGCGCAUGCUGGAGCCUCACACACAGGACCCGGUGUUCAUGAGUGAAGAUAUGAUCGAGGAGAAGGAGCGAGCCAUGGAGGCUCUGGGGAGCACGCCUGCGGGGGUGGUGGGGCUGGUGAAGGGAGACAUGUGGCUGCUGCGUUUGAGGCGGCGCAUGCUGGAGCCACACACCCAGGACCCGACGUUCAUGAGUGAAGAAAUGAUCGAGGAGAAGGAGCGAGCCAUGGAGGCUCUUGGUAGCGCGCCUGCGGGGCGUGAAACUCGAGCUCGCAUGCAGAGUGACGUUGUUGCUUCAGACAUGUCGGCGUUCAAAGCUGCAAACCCCGGGGCAGUGCUAGAGGACUUUGUGCGCUGGCACUCGCCCAACGACUGGCUGCCAAUCACAAGCGCGGAUGAGGGCUCUGAUGACGUGGAUGAUUAUGAUGAUGAGUAUGACGAUGGUGGUAGGCGGUACGGGAGGGAAGAUGAUGAUAGGUACGGCCGGGGCGACCGGUAUGAGGAUCGGGAGGACAGGUACAGAAGGGGAGGAGGCAACAGGUACGGAAGGGGAGAGGAGGAGCGGUACAGGAGGGAUGAUAGCCUGAGGGACAGGGAUGAUAGCUUUAGGGACGCGAGUGGGAGGUUCAGUGACAGCGGGAGGUAUGGGGAGAGCGGGAGGUAUGGUGAUGAUGAUUAUUCAGACAGGGAGAUUGAUAGGGAGAGGGAGCGAGAGAGGGAGAGGGAGAGGGAGAGGGAGCGAGAGAGAGGGCGUGACACAGAAGAGAGUGACAUUGACAGGGAGGUGGAUAGGAAGGCUGGUGGCAGGGAUAGGAGCAGGGAGAGGGAGAGGGAGAGGGAGAAGGGCAGAGAGUAUGGUGGCGGAGGCAAGAGUUCGAGGGAAGGGGACUCUGAUUUAGACCCGGAUGGAACCCGCGGUGGGAACGAGGAGAAGGAGAGCUCUCCUUCUCGCCGCCGCAGCAGCAGUCCCGGGAAGGACAAGGAGGAAGAAGAUGAGUUUUUUGAAGCGGCUCAGGAAGAGAAGUCUGGAGAUACGGUGGCUGGUGAGGGGCAGGCAGCAGGGGCGGGUGGAGAUGCUGGGAAGGAGGAUGGCGUUGAGAAAGUGGAGGAUUGGGAGAAGGGAGGCGAGGAAGAGAAGGGUGAAGAGGUAGGGGAGAGUGUGGCGGAUGGUGGGAAAGGAGUGGAGAAGGAGGGUGUGAAAGAGAUUGAGGUUGAGGGUGGUUCAGGGGAUGAGCCGAGGGUGGAAGGGAGUAAGAAAGCUGUGGAGAAAGGAGAGAGGGAGGAGGACAGGGACAACAGCGAUAGGGAGAGGGAGAGGGAUGAGAGCGAUAGGGAGAGAGGUAGGGAUAGGGAAGCGCUCAAAGGGAGGGAGGAGGAGAGGGAGAGGGAGAGGGAGAGGUACCGAAGCCCAGAACCUGACAGUGACCCAGAGAGGGAGAGGGAAAGGGAGAGAGAGAGGGAGAGGGGAAGGGGCAGGGGGGGCAGGGGGCGAGAGGACGGGGAGUACAGUGACGACCGCGAGGAGUGGGACGAGUUUGGCGAGCGGCGCCGCGGCCGAGACAGGCGCGACGACCGUGACGACCGUUACCGAGACGACCGGGACCGGGAUGAUCGUGAUGAUUAUGACGAGCGCGACUGGAGGGACGAUGACGUCAGGAGGCGGGGCGGGCGGCGGGACAGCGAGGAGCACGAGCGUGGCGGGCGCAGGGGCGGGAGAGGGAGAGGGGGCGGCAGUGGGAGAGGUGCUGGUGGGGCCGGUGGGAGCAGGCGGCGGCGGCACCGCGUGGAUGGGUCGGGGUGGCCGCCGAGGGGCCGGCUGUCGGAGCGCAUGGAGGAGGUGCAUGGCAACCUGUGGCGCGAGCUGUGGGACAGCGCUGAGCCUGAACCUGCUCAUGAGCAGAGGCCUAUUUUCCACUUCGACCUGGAGGGCGAGAAGAUCCUGCACUACUUAGACACGGUGGUACCGGAGGAGUUGCUGGGGCAGCUGCUGGCGACGUGCUUCUCGUCGGCUGUGCUGCUGUUGGGUCGCGACCAGGGGGGGCGAGAGGAGCCGGUUGCGGAGCAGAGGCAGCGCGUGGCGGGCAUGGUUUCCAGCAUGUGGCAGUGGCUGGACGAUCAGAGCGCUGGCAGUUGCUCCGACGAACGAGUCGAAGACUUGGAGGUGCUGCUGAGGGCGUUCACGCGCAUGGAGGCCACAGCCAUGGUGGCGGCGUCACUGUGGAAGCGCCUGCAGGGCUGCUCACGGCUGGUGGCCAAACUGCUGUCCGAAAGGGCCCUCAACGCCACUGAUGUGCCGUCUGUGCGCCUGCUGCCCGCUCCCAUCCGUCUUCCGCAUCUGCCUGAGCCGGACAGCCGAACGGAUGAAUGGCGGGUCGUGGGCAGGCUAUGGCAGGAGAAGGAACCUUCGGGCAGCAGCAGCAGCGACACCACUGGAGCAACCAGCAGCACCCCUGGCAGCAGCAGCAGCAGCUCCUCUGCUGCUCCCCCACUCCCCCCUGCUGCCGCCAAGGCUUCUGGCGGGGGGCGACGCAUGGGGAACCUGCUUUACAGGCACGAGCCCACAGAGCGUGAGGUUAUUUUCACAUCGCCAGCGUUUGUGAUUUUCAACACGGUGGACGAGGAGGAUGCGGCGACGGGCGCUGUGGCGUCGAGGGACUCGGUGGAGAUUGUGAAGCACCAGCUGUAUGCCAAGGCAAGCUUGGAUGACCUCACUCUUGCGCUCAAGGUUGCUGCGCAGGAGUAG